UUCUGUAGCGCGGGGGCUGCCAGCGUUGCGCGAGGCGGGGACUGUUUGUGCUGCUCUCGGCGCGCGGCGGCAUCCUUGGCCAAAGAAGGAUGAAGAGCGCGCGCGAGAAGAAGGAGGAGGAAGGAGGGCUUCUCGCCAGCUUUGCGCGCCUCUCUUGCCCUGGUCUGAGGUAAGGAGAAGAGAGCCGUCUUCCCUUCCCAAAAGCGGCGCAGCGGUUGAUGCCCGGAGCGGUACCGCCGGAGGGGCUAUGAGAGGUUGCCUGCGACUGCGAGCAAGGCAAUCCGGUCGACAGAAGAGGAGUUCUGCAUAGAAUGAGCUAGCAACACUGUGUUUCCUUUGACUUCACCCAAUGACAAACACGUGUGGAGAGAAACAACAGAAAAUGAAGAUAGGCUUGCUAUGACUGUGGCUGUGGCAUGCAUGGGCGAAGCUGAGAAUGACAAAGGACUGCCUGAAAGACUGCUGAAGAGCUGUGGUGGUGGCAGCUGCUGAGCAUCUGAAAUGUCUUCCGUUGGGUAGCCUCAAAGGACUAGAGGCUACCGUAGCCUCUGCUAGUGAAGUGUGAGACAUAAUACCCAUCUCAGUUUCUGACAUGAAGAAAGAUAUAGAUGCCUUAAUAGCAGAAGAAAGGGCAGAAAUCAUCAGCAAGUAUGAGAAGGGAAGACAGGAAGGGGCUCAGAUUGACCCAUGGGAAGAUGCUGACUUCACUCUGUACAAAGUCACAGAUAGAUUUGGAUUUUUGCACGAGCAUGAGCUGCCACUCCGCAGUGCUCUGGAAGAGAAGCAAAAACUUCAAGAGAUUGAACGAGUGGACAAAUGGCUGAAGAUGUUAAGAAAAUGGGGAAAAUACAGAAACAGUGAGAAGAUGUUUCGAAGAGUUUAUAAAGGGGUUCCGCUCCAAGUUCGAGGCCAGGUUUGGUCACUCCUGCUGGACAUUGAAAAGAUUAAGUCAGAGAAUGAAGGAAAGUACGAGAAAAUGAAAGAACAAGCAAAGAGCUUCUCAUCAGAAAUCAAGCAGAUCGACCUAGACGUCAACCGCACCUUUCGAAAUCACAUCAUGUUCCGGGAUCGCUAUGGAGUGAAGCAGCAAGCAUUGUUCCAUGUUCUGUCUGCCUAUUCAGUUUACAACACGGAAGUAAGCUACUGCCAGGGAAUGAGUCAGAUUGCUGCUAUCCUCCUGAUGUAUUUAAAUGAAGAGGAUGCCUUUUGGGCACUGGCUCAACUACUUACCAAUCAAAAGCAUGCAAUGCAUGGGUUUUUUAUUCCUGGCUUCCCAAAGCUGCAGAGGUUCCAAGCUCACCAUGAGGCAAUCUUAGGCAAAACUUUCCCAAAGCUGAAAAAGCACAUGGACAAGGAACAGAUGUCUACAGGGAUUUAUACAACAAAGUGGUUCCUGCAGUGUUUCAUUGACAGGACUCCAUUUACUCUAACCCUGCGACUGUGGGAUAUCUACAUCCUAGAAGGAGAGCGGGUUCUAACAGCCAUGGCCUACACCAUCCUCAAGUUGCAUAAAAAGCGCUUGUUGAAAAUGUCCCUGGAAGAUUUAAGGGAAUUCCUGCAGGAGAAAACUGCUGCUUCCUUGCAGUUUGAAGAUGAUAUAGUAAUUGAGCAAUUGCAAACAUCUAUGACUGAACUGCGCAAAAUGAAAUUUGACCUUCCACCCCCAGCAAAAUCUGAAGAAUUUCCCAAGAAGCCACUGGGACUGGAGCUCUCUCUAAAUCUAGUAUCAAUGAAGCCCGGUGUUGCAGCUAAUGGCCAGAAAAAGGCUGCUAGUGAUCUUGACUAUGAAAAAGAUACUGUAAUACAUCCUUCUCCUGAUAAAAGUCCUCAUCUGACUGAAACAAUAGGUAAUUCAAAUUUGGCAAAACGUGACACAACCUUGAUUCUGCAGCCCAGUGAACCACUUUUGCAAGUUGAACCAACUAAUGUCCAUCACAAUCCAUUCCAGAAUGACCAGCCUAACCCAAACCCUGAUGUUGAGGAGAAACAACAAGAAAACAGGAUGCAAUUGCCAAAGGAGAAUGCCAAUACAAUCCUAUCCGAGAAUUUCCCAGUGGUGCUGGGAGAGAUUCUGGUUAUUGUAGAAAGUCAAGAUCCAGCUACAGCAUAUAAGGAGGAGGAUUCAUUGGAAAGCAACAGCACAGUGAUAUGCAGCUCACAGGAACAUAACCCCCCUCUUUCUGUAGAUGACAGGGGCCAUGUUGCUCCCCUGGUGCUAGAACGAGCAGUGUUUGAUAUAAUGUCAGUGGAGGACUGUCUGUGUGACCCUAACAUGCAGAGUCAGGCCCCGGAAUCAGACCUUUCUAUCACCUCCAACAUUAGAACAGCAGUAGUGGAGCAAGAUUUGCCAAGUCAAGUGCCAUUGCUUUCCUCCCUUGAAGGGCAAAGUACCUUAGAAUUGCCGCUUACUGUGCAAAAUGCAACUGUUCUUCAAGAUGGGAGUACCACCUGCACUUCUGAGGAUUUGUUAUCCGAAGAUGACAUGGUGUUUCCAGAUCACCUGUGCCCGCCUGCAAGUACCGACUCCUCUCCACUUGGACAUAGCCUUUCCACAAUGUAUGAUGUGCCAAAAAGCUUAAAAGUGCCACAUACUGUCAAAGCACUUGCUCCUCUCCCAUUCCAAGAUGGAAAGCGACGGCCUUCUAAUGUAUCUCAGUAUGAUAACCUGUCUGAAGAUGGAGAAGAGAAAUCUUCCGUUCAGGUUCCCUGUUCUAAGGAAGUAGCUAUUUCGCUAUCACAGACUGAGCUCGGCAACCCAGUUUUACAGUGCACAGUGCACAAAUGUGCAUCUGCUGGAGAGCUAGGAAAUCUGCAAACUGGGAGAAAGGUGGAAUUGGUGCAGCAGCCAGAAGGACUUGACAAGCCCCUUUUGUUCAACAUACUGCCUCAUCAGAAGAGACCCUCUAGUGGGGGCAGCAUGCCGAUCUUAUCUGAACUAGAUGCUGGUGGAUUGUUACUGUCAGAAGACUUCUGUGCCCGGCCUACAUCAUCCCCAGAAUUACAGGAGCAUUACAGCCAAUUCAGAAUAGUAAAAACGAGCACCCCUCUUCACUUGGCUCAUGCUACAAAGCAAGAGUUCUGCAACAAAAAACAAAUGGCUCUCCCUUUGCCAGAAUCCAGCCACCUUGAUGUGGCUAACGGGGAAAACUUUAUUCCUCUGGGUGGAGAAGGUGGAGGUGGGACUGCUAGUGAUUCUCUUCAGAAAUCACUAAAUGCUUUGAGUGACUCACCUGUUUCUCAAAGACCAAAGCCAAAAUUACCACCCAAGCUUUUCAAAACCUAUUCCGAUAACAAUUUCAAGCUGGGGAGCCCCCCCAUGGUGCAGAUGUCUAAAUCAGUGACAUUCUAGUAGAACUGAGGGAAGGGAGGGGGGUGGUUCUCUUUCAUGAGAAAUCACAAGUGUUCUGAAUGAAAUAGGGUCCCGCCCAGUGUAAGAGGAGGGCGCCAAUUGUAUUGCCAGUCAAGUUGAGUUCAAGAAUUUGAGACGGGGCUUAGAUAUAGGCCAGUCUUCAGUAGACAAUACCUGUAGAUAAUUAUUUAAAAACCUGGAUUUUCUCCUUCAGAUUGUUCCCACCGUACUUUUGAAUCUUCUUAUAUCUCCUCCCUCAUAACUGAAUGGAAGUCUAACAGAUUUAACAUGUCAAAACAUUUAAACUGUUUCCUUCAAUCCAUUACAGCGUAAAAAGUAAGAUGAACAUUGGAAUAAAGAAACAGAAGGAAUUGUUUGAGGAAACAGAUGACAACAACAGUUGCAGGUUUUGGCCAGCAGCACAUUUUUCAGUAGCAAUAGUUUUUUUUUCCUUAGCAGCCAAUGUAGUCCUGUAAGUGAGGCUAUCGAUUAUUCAUGGUGAGGCAGCAAGCUUUCACUUAGCAUCUAUGCAAUAUCCAACACACAUUGCUCAUGUGUUUCCAUAUGGCUCAUGUCUCCCCCCACAUAGUGAAACCAGGCAUUAAAAUAUGCCUAUUCUUAGUUCUCAGGCUCCCUCACCGAUUAUCAGUGAUGAAGGGUAUCCAAGAUGAGUAAUAAACCAAUGAAAAUGAAUGUUUCCCCUCCCCCUUCAGUUGAACUCUGUAAUAUGUUACAUAGGAAGCAAAGAGUAGUUUCUGAGGGAAGCCACAGUGGUGGGAUACGUUGUGAAAUUCCUAGUGGUGUACUAGUUGUUACUUAGGAACUUGGACCAUAGGGAGGGAUGGCAAUAGCAGACCACAGAGGAGCUUCUGCCUGUGUGCGUUUGGCCUUUCUUGUGCAGGGUCCAAGAAGAGAACUGGCUUUCCAGCCAGCCAGUGACAUAUAAAAGAUACUUCUGGGGCACAAAAACUGCCCUGGCUGAUAUUCUCCUGUAUCCGGGAAGCUCUAAACGCAUCACAGGAUCAAUGAUACUACAUUAUCACCAACCCUGUAGAAGGUUUGUUGGAGAUAAUGGAAAAGAAAUGUGUAGCCCAAUCUUUUGUAUGUGUGUUGUUGAGUGAGUCCUCAUAAGUUCAGUGAGGCUUAUUCCCAAGUAAAUGUGCCUAGAAUAACAGCUUCAGGUUGGAACCAGCAAAAAAGUUUGCAGGACUUGGUGGAAUGGAUCUUUUCCCACCUUCCUUUUUCCCCAAGCAGCCUGCUGUUUGCCCAGAACUUCCUCUCAGAUGAGAGUCUCCCAAAUAAAUGCACUGCAGUAAGGGGUGCUGCAGCAACAGCGGGUGGGUAGGUGGGUAAAAUUGCCAUCUGUUCCACUGGUGCUUACCUCAGAGCAAUAGGAAAGAGGCAGCAAUUUUACCUGACUCUUCACUGUCACUGCAGAGCUCUAUACUGUGGUAGUUUUGUUGGCAACGCUUUCCCAACCCCCAGAAAGGAUUUUGAGAAUGAAUCCCAGGCUACUCUGGGAAAGCAGGUGUGGAAAAAUCUGAUCUGCGAACUGCUUUUGUGAACCUUUCCACUGGCUCCAACCCUUUGUAGAGUCUUGAUACCACCUUUUUUUAAAGAAUUGAGUCUGCUGCCCAAGGACAAAGACUAAAAUCCAAGUUUUGGAAGCCACUUUUUAAAAAAGAUAUGCUUUACAUUACUGAAACUUGACUUUAGAAAGGAAACUAAUCAAACGUAUUGCUCCUGGGUUUCUCAGAGUUUCUCAGUGUAGUGAAAAAUGUAGCACUGUUGGUCCACCAGCAUUUACACCCUUGUUUUGGGUGGGUUGCCCAGUUCCUGCCAUCAAGAAAUGUGAUGUCUCUCUUAACACAUGGUUGCACAGACACAGCUGUCAGUUUUUAAUAUUUUUGUCCAGAAGUGAGUGUAAGUUACAGAAAUGCUGUCUACAGCAGUAGGCAAUUUGAAUUCUUUUUCAGCCUCUAAAGGGCCUGCCUGCUAUGUAAGCACCACAUUGGGAGACAGAAACUCCUGUUUCUCAUCCCAGUUUCACCUGUGGUCUUUAGGAUAACCAAUCCUGGUUUUUUUCCCAUUGGUGAAGAUAACCCUGCUUAAUCAUUCUCUGCUGUAAGGAGCUGCUUUUCUGGCAGUGCACUUGGGAGAGGACAAAGGAAAAGUUGUCGCUAAAUCAUCCAAGGGAUGAUUAUUUGUGCUUGAGUAUGUUAAAUUUUCAGCUGUUGUUCAGUGGUUAUGAAAUGUCUGUGCAAAUAACCCUACAAGGAUAGCUUUUCAGAGGUAAAAGAUCAGUGGCCUUCACUUUCAGUCUUGUGUUCAGUGGCUUCUACGGCACAUGGAGAAGUGCUGGAAAAAUAUUUUAAUUCAGCUGACGUUUUCCUGAAAAUGCCUGCAACUCCUGUUAGCUUUAGUGGGAGUUGUGCUUAACAGUGGCAAGAAAAGUUCCUGUCUUGUCAAUCAUUUUUCUUCCUACUAGCUUGACCCUUCCAGUUCCUGCAUUUCUGUGAGAUCAGACACUCCAAGCUGUUAAGAUAAUCAUGUAAUUUGUUCUUUUUAAAGGUGCUUGGCCAGAAACCCUUUGCAGCUGUCAAAUGCACAUCUAAGAAAGCACCUUCAGGUCUUGAAAGUACAUUUUCCUAUGAAAAUUGUAGUUGUUUGAGAGGGUACGUGUCUGCUCUGAGUAAUUGGCAGGUGCACCUUGGGUGGGAUACGGAUCCUGAGCCUCUGACAAGCCUUUUGCUACAGUGAGGCUUCUGUGAAGAAUCCCAGUGACAGGAGAGCAACACCGUGUUCCCUCUGGAUUUCAGCUACCAGACGACAUGGUGAGCUAGGCCUGGUUAAAGCUUCAGACAGUUAUUUUAUUGUAUGUAUUCUUUUUAGAGUAAAAUUCUUGUGUACAAAUGCAGGACAUCCGUGGCUUGAUUCUUAUUGUUUUGGGGGGUCUGCACCCAGAACACUGGUAAUAUCAAACUGCUGAAUUUCAGGAGCAAGAUAUGAUUCAGAAAUAGGUAUGACUUCUCUGACAUCAAGGCUUCCCAAACUGAUCUGCAGUGAUGAUUAUUAGUAUUACUGAUAUUUUGCAAGGUCAACAGUCAAAAUUAAUCUCCACAUUGAAUAAUGACAUUUGUUUUAUGAAACAACAACAAAGCAACAAGAGCAUUUUUGGCAGACAUCUGCAGCUUAGGAUGCCUUCACACCUGAUUUAUGUAUCAUUACUACGUUGCAUUACUGUGUAGUCUACUAUGAAAGGGUAUUUGGGCAUUUACAGUAAUGCAGGUGCUAGUUAUAACCACAAUGCAGUAGACAAUAACUGUUGUGAGAUGUGUUCAAAGAUCAUCAUUUUUCUAGGUGCAGCCAGUGUAGUGAAACCUGAGCAGCAGUGUUUAAAGCUUCUUGUCAUCAUACCAGAGCCCCCCCCCCCUUUCAGAUUAUGCUCCUGCUAGGUACAUCAUUCUCUUUUAUGUGUAGCAUUCUUGAGUUAGAGUUUGAUGGAAGCAUGUAAAUACACAGCUCUUUCUUCUGCACCACCUGCCAUCAUAACACCUGUUGAACUGAACAACCUGAGGCUGUGACUGCAAACAGAAGGGCUGGAAUGAGGAUGCAGCUCUGCCUCACCCAGGAUGUGCCCUAGGCACUGAGACAUCCCAGUGAGGUGGUGUUGGAGCUAUAUCAAAAUUAAAUAAUAUCAAAAUAAUGGGGGCGUGAAGUUUCAGUGUUUCAUAUUAUUAGAGACAAUUGACUUCUGAACAGAAACAUAUUGGUGCAGGAGAGCUCUAAAGGAGGCCAGUGUGCUGAAGGAUUCAUUUGGGUAGUUUGGAGAAUGUAAAGCAACAACAAAUGUGAUGCAGGAGGAAUCGGUGCAGUGCACCUGAUGUGGAAAAGGUGAGGUAGCAGUGUUUCAACAGGAAUUGUCCCAAAAGUAUAUUUUCAGGUUCUUCCUUCUGGAGGCUCCCUGUCAGGAAUUAGAAGAGUAGCAACUUUCGUUCAGUAUUCUGGCAGCAUUAGGCAGUGUCUUUGUUCUAAAGAGCAUUCUGUGCACUGAACUUGGAAAUUAGUGAUGUCUGGUUUAGACUUACAUAAAAUUAAUAUCUUCUACAGUUAAAUAGUAAUUCAUUUACACAUUUCCAGUUGAAUAGAGCAAAAUUUGAUGCCAUUAUUUCCCAUUGAUGUUUACUGUUUUUUAGUAAUGGGACUACUUCUACUGUAAGAAGAGAUGAGAAGAGUACAUCACCUUCUUUGAAAUGGUGUGACUGGUUGGUUGGGGGGAGGGGCGUCUGUGGUUUCAAAGCUAAGAAAUGUGCUUUAUUUUCAGCACAUGCUUGUAAAGGCUUCAUUCAGCCAACCAUGUGAGGCUCCUAAAACAUUCCUCUUUUGGGGAGACAAUGCCAGUAUUACUUCAUGUGAACUCAGGAAAGAUUUCCCCUGCCCAGUACCCCAAAUGAUGUGUGUUUUGCUAGGAUGUAUUUAGUUUUUAAAGUCCAGUGUAAACUAAUUAUUGGAUCAGAGUCAACUCCUUGAGCAUCAGCAGGGCAGCCACGUGGCAGGAAUUCAGCAUGGGGGUUCUGGAAACCCUCCCACUGUUGAAACUUGCAAGCCCUGCAGUUCAGUGUGUUGUUCCUUCUUUGUGCACUUUGAUAGCUCUGCUACCAUUGUUCUCUUUUUAAAAAAUACUAUUCGUGUUUACAUCUUCCUCUAAUUCUUGUGUUAUAUUAUUGCUUUCAUACAUUUUAUGUACAUGCUUGGAGGUGGGUAAGAGACGGGGGCGGGGGAGGGUUUUGCUUUUUUAUUAUGAUCCAAAGGGGUUGUAUGUAUUGUUCAAAUGCUGUGUUUUACAUAAUUGUAAUAACAACAGUUAAACUUUAGCACAAACUGCUGCAAUUUGAUUCUGUAUUUGAUGUGUGGAGGUUGUAGAAUCAGCUUCACAGCAUGACAAAUUGAUUACUGCCACAAGAGGUUAUUGUGGAGGGUAAAUGUAGAAGUGAUUGCUCCUGCUGGUUUUGUGGAUUAUGAGACUUAAUAUACUGCACUCGUGGGAGGCAGGGUUGCUGGGGCAGUUAACAUGGAUGAGUCAAAAACCCAGUGGGCAGCAGCAGUUGGAUUACUGCCCCUUACUGACAGUUAUCCUCUCUAACUGGAAGAGGGUCACAGUGCCCAACAGAACUAUUUCCUAAUCUUAAGGAUUUGCUGUGCUGAGAAACUGUGGAAACUGAGCUGCUAUGGUUUCAGGUAGCUAAGGCUGAGAGGAACCUUAGGUUUUCAUUCUUAGGAUCAGCAGCAUCAGGAUUAUGACUUAGGGUGGCUGAUACUCUUCCUUCAUCGAUGACCAGGAGAUUAUAGACUAAUGCAUUGCCCAGUUUGAGAAAUCAUGGACUAAAGUGACAAAAAU